CUCUCUACAUUGAACAUACAUCCACACUAUUGUCUCCUCUUCUUGAAUACUAUUCUUCUCUGUCUGAACUCUAUCUAUCCAUCCUCCUAGUCUACACAUCAUGAAUCAAACGUCACUCUCCCUCGAACAAAUCUCCACGGCGCUCACAGAGGCAGCCAACCCCAGCGACCUAUACGACACAUUAGCCAAAUAUGAGAGUCCAGCAUUAUUUCUUUCAACAACAAACGACAAAGAAUCAGAGGUCCUCAGCGUCUUCUACUCGACAUUCUUCUUCUCCCACCUAUUGACCGAUCAAACAUACGAAGCGCGCGCGAUGACCCAACGGAUGCCGCAAGGCCUAGCACAGAAAGACCCCUCCCUGCAAAACUGUCUGACGCUAUUGCGCGCCGUCUGGCAACAAAAUCACGAGCAAGUAUACCGGAUCCUGCGGGACCUACCGUGGCCGGAAUCUCUCAAGUCGGUGGUUCAAAGUUAUGAUACAUACUUCCAAGAAAAGACGCUGAAGGAGGUCAGCCACGCCUACGAGGCUAUCAAACCGGCUGCGGCUGCCGGCUACAUGGGGCUGGACCAAUCUGCCGCUGAAAAGGGCGAUCCGGCUGUGCUGCAAAAAUUCACCGCCUGCGGGUGGACGUGGGAUGAACAGGCAGGCUUGUUGUAUCCCAAACCGGCGGAAGAGGCGCCCCAGCAGGACGAUGGGAAACUUUAUCACGACGUGAGCCAAAUAUUGGCGAUGUUGGGGAAGGGCGGGAGCCGAUAAGGGACUUCGGGGUCUAGACAGACAGACACAUACUACAUAUUGAUCCUAGGGGAUCCGCGGAUGGCUGCACGGUCUAAGCGACGUCGCAC